GGGGCGGCACGGCGCGCCCUGCCCGGCUGCAUGCGGCGGCGGCGGCGGGGCGCCCCGGCGGCGGCGGCGGCGGCGGCGGGAUGAACGGCUCGGCGGCGGCGGGCGGCACGGCGGCGGCGGGGCUGCUGGCGGGCGCCGGGAGCGCGGCGCUGGAGCUGGAGCGGGCGCUGCGCUGCUGCACCGCCGCCUCCGUGGUCACCGACGGCGGCGGCGGGGGCGGCGGCGGGGCGGCGGCGGACGAGCGGAGCCUGUACAUCAUGCGGGUGGUGCAGAUCGCCGUCAUGUGCGUGCUGGCCCUCACCGUCGUCUUCGGCAUCUUCUUCCUCGGCUGCAACCUGCUCAUCAAGUCCGAGGGCAUGAUCAACUUUCUGGUCAAGGACCGGCGCCCGUCCAAGGAGGUGGAGGCGGUGGUGGUGGGGCCCUACUGACCGCCCCCCCCCGUCACCGGCACCGGCACCGGCACCGGCCCCGGCCCGCUCCCCCGGCGGGGCGGCCCCGACGCGCCCAUCCGCGCGGUCUCGGGGCGCCGCCGCCGCCGCCGCCCCGGCCGAGCCCCGAGCGCUCCGAGGGCCCCGGCUCCGGGGGGACGUGUCCCCCCCGCUCCAAUAAACGUCUUCGACCGCU